CUGAGCGCCAAAAAUAGGCUUUUAACGAAAGCGAAAGUAUUCAGAGAUAGGCAUAGUAGAAUUUUACUAAAAAGGUGUCCAGGUUCACAGCAAAAUGUCUUCAACAUCACAAAAACACAAGAACUUUGUUCAGGAGCCAAUGGCAGAGAAACCGGUGACAGAAUUGGCAGGAAUAGGUCCUACGCUCGGAGGAAGACUUAUUGAAAAUGGGUUUGACUUGGCCUACGUAGUUUUGGGACAGUUUUUAGUCUUGAAGAAGGAUGAAGAAAUGUUUAAAGACUGGUUAAAAGAAGUGUGUGGUGCCAACGCUAAACAGCAGGAAGAUUGUUAUAGGUGUCUUAAAGACUGGUGUGAUAAUUUCUUGUGAAAAAUUAGCAGUGCAAUCUUCAUUGGAAAUCUUUUCUCAGUGAAGGUGGAAAUAGUUCCUUUUUAACAUUAAAAUACAUUACAGACAAUUAUGAAAUGAGCAUUCUUAAAGUAGCAUUACCGGUAAUAUCAAAUAAUACAUUCUUUUUUUAUUUUUCUUGUUCAUGAUAUGAAAGUUUUCGUAGUUAUUCAAGUUGCUGGAGAUUAAAAGUUAAGCAUUGCUUUAAAUAUACAUUGUAAUUAGGAAGAUUAUAUAUUAGUGAUUUUGCGCUUUAUCUAUUAGAGUUUUGUAUGCACUAGUGAUGUAACAUUGACACAGUUUGUAAUUCUUGUUUAACUCAGCAGCAGAAAUCCUGCAAGAAAUUGUUGUUAUCUAGACCAGUAAAAAUCAUGUCUGUCAGUUUAAUUUUCUCUUUCACACCCAAUGUUUUGUUUUAAAAGAAAAUGCUGCAUUCAAACUGAUGUUUCAACAGUAAUUUUGGUUGUUCAUAUCUCUUUAUUUAAUUUUAGACUUUUAAAAUUGCUCUACCCCCAAUUAUUACUAAGAUAAAAUGAAUCCUUUAUUGAAGCAUUUGCUGAUUGGUGAAUUUUCUUCAAAUAUUAUCUUUUCUCUAUUGACCAUUAUCUUACAAUUAGUUGAUUGAAGUUCAUUAGUUGCUGUGUAAAAUUGUGUUGUGGAAUAUUGUAUAUAUUAAAUAUAUCAAUGUAACAAAAAUGCCAAUUAUAAAGAUGAGAUUGUUGAUGUUUUGUGCAUA